AUGGACCCAAGCCUUCCUAUACAGCCAAGCCUUACAAAAGACUUGAACAAAGAGCAGUACCUUUUUGAUUGUGUUGCGAAAAUAAAAAACACUAUAGAAACUAUUCUUGGAAAAAAAGAAAAAUUCUUGUCAUUCAAAACAAAUGAGUAUAAGGCAGAAAUCAAUGCUGAGAAUAUUUUUUUUGAAAAACGGUUGAAACAUAUAUCAAAGGAAAGUAUAGAAACAAAUUUAAAAAAAGGUUGGAGAUUAAAAUUUAAAAAUCAAGGGCCUGAUGCAAAUUUGAACAAAACAGAAGCUAAUGAUGUAUAUGAAUUUCAUGAC